AUGUGUGUUUCUCUCUCGCCUUUGGCUACUAGUACGACUUGUACGAGCCAAGCAAUUAAAAUGGCUCUUACUAUGAAUUAUGAUACGUCUGAUCUAACGCUUGAGACAAUGCACACCCUGAAUGGCUCCAGUUUUACCAACAUUUUUCUUGCCAAUUCUUCAAUCGAAAAGGAAAAAAAGUAAGCUUUAGUUUCAAUGGCAAAAUUAAGCCAGAAGGAAUUCAAACAAUCCCUGAAUACGACGAUAUUUUAUCUGGCGUGACUUCAGAGCCAAGCAGCAAAGCUCAAUAUACACUCUUACUCCAAUGAUGACAUUCUGACAGCAGCAGCUACUCAUAUUCCCCACUGAGUCAAUUCUUCUGAUGGUGCUUCGAUGACAUAAAUGCCAACUGACCGUAGGUCCUGGUUGUGAACUGAUAUCAUAACUGGUCGAGUGAGUAGAAGUAAGACUACGACGAUGGCGCUAAGACUAGAUGUUGAUAGUAGUCAAGAUGCUCAAGGUAUUCAAAUAAUUCCCUAUCAAGAAAAAGACAAAAGAAUCCAAGAAUACGACCAAGCCGAAGAAGUAAUUCAAAAUGAAGAGAAAUUUUCAAAGCCCGACGCGGUAACUAGACUUACAGCCAAGCAACGAUUUUGUUUUUCUAUUGGCCACAUACAAAAUGAUCUCCAGGCAUAUGCAGCCUUCAGCUAUUUGCUAGUUUUCUGGACUAAAGUAAUAGGUCUGUCAAACUCAAGCACCGGCAUUAUUUUUCUCGUGGCGCAAGUAACAGACGGGAUCCUCAGCCCUGCAAUAGGUUACGCAUGCGACCGGUACGACUUUCCCCUUCUCUCAAGGUUUGGCAAACGAAAGGCAUGGCACAUGUUUGGUACGAUCGUACUAUUGAUCUUUUCGCCAUUUCUUUUCGUAAGAUGUCUUCUUUGCGAAGUGACCUCUGGGGAUAAUUACGAGACGGUAGCUAUAACAUACUACUCAAUGAUUGUCAUAGCUAUUCACUUUGGAUUUGCCGCAGUUCAGAUAAGUCAUUUGGCACUUCUACCGGAUAUUGCUAAGAAGCCUAACGACUUCGUGCGCCUCAACUCCUCCAGGACAACGUGGACAUUUAUCAGUGGCAUGUUUGUCUAUGCAGUGACAUGGCUCCUUCUUGGAGAAAGCAGUGGAGAGAAAUUGUCCUCCAAGCAAUGGAAAGAAUUUAUGUACCUUGGUUUCAUUAUUAUCGCUGUGGGAUUUUCGUUCACUGUCGUGUUCUACAUUGGUGUCAACGAAAACAGGAUAAAAAACAGUAAAGGGAGCACUAGAACCGCUAAAGUCAAAGAAUCGAGGUGUAAUAUUGGAUACAGAGAAGACGAAACAAACCCCAGUAAAGUGGAGGUUAAAAACGAAACAGACGAUACGCAGGCUACGGAGGUGAUUGCUCGAAAUGACGUGAAAGAGGUCGCAGAUUUCAACCAAGAUUUGAUAAACAACGACAACAAAAACACACCACAGAGAACGAUAGCAGACGCAGACAGCACUCCAAUUGGGAAUAUAAAGAUAACAAACUGGUUUAAAACAUCUGAGUUUUAUAUGGUGGCGUUCAUCUACAUGUGUUCGCGGGUCGUUGUCAAUAUAUCCAAUUCAUACUUUCCUUUGUACUUGGUGGAUGCUUUGGGUUUUGAAAAGGAAGCCAUUGCAUACUUCCCACUCCUGGUUCUCAUAUCGUCAGCAUUAUUCAGUAUAGUAGCGAGGAAGAUAAGCUCCCGCUGGGGAACCAAAGUGGCUUACAGUGUGGCCGCGCUCAUGGCUAUUACAGCCUUUUUAUGGCUUCAUUUGCAGCCAAUCGACAGCAAGAAUGCCAUAUAUGGUACGUCGAUGCUGAUGGGAGGGGGAGCGUCUAUGAUGCUGAUUACUGCAUUGACGAUGACUUCUGUAAUGAUUAACCGAGUGGAUAAGGCAACCGGAGCAUUUGUGUAUGGGGUGAUGGGCUUUACGGACAAGGUCGUAAAUGGUGCGAUUGUCGCAGUUAUACAGAAUUACUAUCCAAGAGCACAAGGCUGCAGUGGUUGUGGAGAGUACAUACGGGUUGCAUUUCCCCUGGUGACGGGUUCUUCAGCGUUACUUUCUCUAGUAGCUCUAUUAGUUCAUCACUGGAAAAGUUCACACAGAAAAGUUGAUGAUAGUAAAACUAAGGCGCCAAGUAUAGAUAACCAAAUAUCUGUAAUAGAGGCACAAAAUUCUAAUGAUACACGCCUGUGAUCAGAACGUCAUCCAAAGGAAGCAAGCUGACUGUUGCACAUGCCUAGCUGUCUCUAUCUCCACUGAAAAAGCACAUCAAUUCCAUGACAUCUCUUUAGCUUGGGUGUAAUGUUUUGCCCGUCUCAGACCACGUGUCAUACCCUUGGGUAUCAUUAUUUUGUUUGGAUGCAAAAUAAGGAAUCCUAUUUCUCAAAGAAAUGACAUGUGCUCUGAAAUGGGAAAGACGAACACCAAUCUAAAGAGGUCUAUAGAAGCUUUGCACCCAUGGCAGCCAUGACAUGAGGCACAGAGAUAGUCUUUGUUGUGAAGAGUGAUGGUCGUCGCAUCACUCUUCACAACAAACUUCAACACCUGGGUUCAAACCGGUUCGAAUUCUUUCUCAAGUAAAUCAGAUUAGACCAGAUUCCAUUGUUCCUGCCUCCUGUCAUGACAUUAUGGUGCAAAGCCUGUAUUGCACCAAAAAAGUUUCAAUAAAUUCAAAAGCAUUUUUCCAGUUUUAUGACUUCUGACAUCAAGACAUGUAGUCAUCCUGCUUCACUUGUCUUCCCUUUAACGAUUGUCAAUAUAUAUUUUUUGGUUCUUAAAUUGUGAGCAGGCUAGGAAACUCUUCUCAUUAGCAACAGCCUUACGAAAAUGGUUACCCUCCUUUUCCAAUUUCUGUAUAUAUUUAAUAUCAAGACUUAAAAGUAAUAUUUUGCAUGAAAUGUGUUUAUUAUAUAAUUUUUUUUACAAUUUUCUUUUAUAAAUAGCUGUACAUGGGUUUUAUCUUGAUAUAAUGUACAUUAACUAAUAAGUAUUAAUAUAAAACAAUUGCAAAUUUACAUGUAUUCACAACAAGUCCCUAAAACCUUACCUUAUACUUUCAUUAUUAUAUUCACACUUUAUCUCAAUAAGAUCUUAAGCUGUUCUUCCAUUGAUAUCUUCUAUUUAAAACRCUAGCAUCUUGAAAUAAUCUAAGAUAUUGCAACUUGUACAAAUCUUACAAAAUGAUAUAAAAGGAUUACUCUUUUGAUUGAGAUGAGCUCAGUUUUUCUGGUAAAAAAAACCACUAAUAAAUGUAAAAUCCCCAAUUGUAAAAACUGUUCAAACUUUCAUUUUUCCCCUAAUAAGUGAUCUUUUAAAAUUGCACUAAGAUCUAAAAACCUAUCUAAACUACUAUUGCAAUACAAAAUUUCAUAUAAUUCAUAUAUGUAUGUUGUAUAGUUUUAGUGAAGUCUAUGGUAAUAAUGAUAGUACAGCUAACUAUGAACACAGGUUAGAGUGGGCAGAAUAGCUAGACAGUCUUGAUUGAUACUUUUAUUACAUUUGCUUUAUUCGUUUUCUUUCCUUCUUGAAUCAUCUGAAAAUAGUUGCAAAAUUCAUUGUUAGUAAACAUACUAAAAUAAACAUUGGAUAGACACAU